AUGGCCCUCGACAUCCUGACCAAGAUCACCUCCGCCUUCGGGCAUGACAUCAAACACAACAGCAACCAGUUUGACGACCUCGUGUUGGCAUUGAAGGAGGCACUUGGCCCAUCGUCGGGGUUGGACUCUGCCGACGUCGACGUCAACGAGCUGAUGAAGUUGAUGGAGGAGUAUAACACGAAGGAAAGCGAUUGGAUACAGUUCGCAUUCGCGGAAAAGAGCAUGGGAUACACCCGUAACCUCGUCGAUGAGGGCAACGGCAAGAGCAACCUCCUUGUGCUUGUCUGGUCCCCAGGCAAAGGCAGUCCCAUCCAUGAUCACGGCAACGCCCACUGCCUCAUGAAGAUUCUUAAAGGCGACCUGACUGAGAUCCGAUAUGCCUUUCCCGAGGGUGGCGAAGAGCAACCAAUGAAGGUCAUCUCUGAAAGAACACACAAAGAGAAUGCGGUGGCGUACAUGGCAGACGAGCUUGGUGUCCACCGAGUCUGUAACAGGGGCAGCGACUUCGCUGUGUCCCUCCACCUCUACACCCCUCCCAACGUUGCAAAGGGGGGAUGCAACAUCUUCAAUGAGAAGACGAGCAAGAGCAGCCAUGUGGCCAAGUGUGGCUACUACUCGGCGUACGGCCGCCGACUGCCGAAGCAGUAG